AUGCCAAUCAAACGCGUUGGUUGGAUAUGUGGCCAAGUAGUGAAGAGCUUUUCUGGAAAAAUUGAGGGAUUACAGAAAGCAGUCAUGGACCUUGUAGACGAGUUUAAGGAUGAAUUCCCCAGCGUAUUAAGAUUAUCACAGUCAAACCAGAAAACAGAUGUGGCCCCGACAACAUCCAAAACAAGAAUGGCUAUCACUCUAGCUAGGAUACAUGCAGGAGCAGUGCUCCAAGGAUUAUAUAAGAUAUCCAGAUCAUCAAAAUCAGUUGCCAAACUUUUGCAGCCUCAACUUACCCAUAGGCUUUUAGAACUAAAGAACAUAUCGCAUCGUCUGCUGAGGGAUGUAAACACUCCAAAGCAACCUCUGUAUAAAGUUCAGGUCAGAAAGGGUUCUUUGUUAGAUGUAAUCUCCUUUCCAGCAAAAACUGCCUUUGCAAGCAUAAUAUAUGCAUCUUAUGCAACACUAAUUUACUUGACAGUGUGUAUUAAUGCAUUGCUGGAGAAGGUGAAGAAUAUUUUUCAAGAAGAAGAGUCCAUAAGGCAAAACAAAAAGGAUAGUUUUGAAGUUAGAAAAGCCUUUUCUGAGCCUGCGUUUUGUGAACAUGAAAUCAUAGCUAAACCUUAUAGAUCUCUGCCGGAGAACCCAAACACUGUUCUCCUCUCUGAUAUUAAGCUUCCUGAUAUUAAGUUGAGUGACAGGAUUCAAGUAUUACAUUCUGUAUUUGACCAAUCAACUGAAAUGAAUGAAUAAUAUGAAUACAAAAAUGACUUUUUAAAAUGG